AUGCCUUUAGAUAAGGAAUCUGGUAGCGAAACAAAUCUAAAAGAUGCACAAGAGUUACAAGACUUAAUCACUAAACGGAGUUCAGUAAAGGGACAAAUUACAAAAUUAAUUCAGAAAUUUGUUUCAAGUAAUCCUGAUGCAAACGAGCACCCCGCUUCGAAUGAGCCCUCGGCAUUGCGUUGUGAGCAUCAGGGGGCUAAUUUUGAACUACCUCAAAUACAGAUUGUGAAAUUUGAUGGAGCUUACUUCCGCUGGCUUGAGUUUCGAGACACUUUUGUAUCGCUGAUUCAUAACAAUAACCGCAUAGCACCCAUCCACAAAUUUCAUUACCUCCUUGCUUACCUAGCCGGCGAUGCGUCUAACGUUGUUGCUAAUUUGGAGGUCUCCGAUGCCAAUUAUAGCGCCGCAUGGAAGUUACUAUGCGAACGUUAUGACAAUAAACGUCAGCUCAUAACCCACCAUUUAAAUUCGUUACUAAAUCUACAACAAUUAACGCGAGAAUCGGACAAAUCCCUGCGAUUCAUGGUGGACCAUAUCACAAAAAACCUUCGCGCUUUAUCAAGUUUGGGUCAGCCUACUGAUCAGUGGGACGUGUUGGUCGUACAUAUUUUAAGUUUAAAGUUAGAUAGCCGCACACACAUUAAAUGGGAGGAGUGGCGUGGCACAUUAAGUGACAUGCCCGAUUUAAAACAAUUUCAAAGGUUUUUGAUCGAUCGUGCUGACGUUUUAGAGUCAUUAAAUCGUACAACAAGUAAUACAAACAAAAAUGUCAAGCCAUUUGGAACAGCAAACAAGAUAGAACAUCCAAAAACAAAUUCGUUCGCCUGCAUAAACCACAAUGAUGGUAAAGGUGAUGAGUCAUCCUAUUCGUGUUCCUUUUGCCGAGGUGAUCAUCGAAUUUAUGAUUGUGCAAACUUUAAAGCUCUGAGCGUGCAAGAUCGAAUAAGUACAGCGAAUAAAUUAAGAUUGUGUCUCAACUGUUUACGGUAUGGUCAUAAGGUGCACAGUUGUCGACUAGGUCCCUGCCGCGAUUGUAAAAAAAGACAUAAUACCCUUUUACAUAUACCCGUUCACAAUACGUCUAAUUCAAACAAAGGUUCCAAGGAAAUUGCUGCGUUUGAAACCGUAGCAAGCUUGUCUAAUCAAGAUUAUUCGCAAGUUUUGCUAUCCACCGCUUUAAUUAAUAUAUCAAAUCCCCUCACAAGUCAAUCAUUAAAUGUGAGGGCUCUACUGGACUGUGGAAGUCAAUCGUCUUUUAUUACACAAUCACUAAAAGAUAAACUUCAUCUUCAGGCCAACAGUUCCGAUAUCAUUAAUAUUGUUGGCAUUGGAGACAAUGAAACCAGCAAUUUAAUUGAAACAUGCACCGCUCAGCUUACUUCGUUGACUGAGCCAUUUAAGAUCACGCAAUCUUUUUUAGUGUUGCCUAAGUUAACAGGCGAUCUUCCAAAAUGUACCAUAGACGCAAAACAGUUUCAACUGCCUAAAAACACGCAACUUGUCGACCCUUCUUUUAACAAGUCCACUCCCGUUGAUAUUCUCAUAGGCGCCGAAAUAUUUUGGGAUAUCAUUGGCGAUAAGCAAUCCUCGCUCGGCCCUCACGGCCCUAAACUAAGAAGUUCCAAAUUCGGUUGGUUAAUCUCUGGUCCAACAUACAAUAAUGUGCUUCCAAAGUCUAGAAGUAUUCAAUGCCACCAGUCAAAUGCAUCAAUAAAUUUUAAAUCAAUCAAUCAACAGUUAGCCAGAUUUAGGGAGCUGGAAGAGAUCCCACCAAAGCACUUUACUUUGAGUCCGAGUGAGCGGGAAUGUGAAGCUCAUUUUCAGCCCAACACCCAUCGUUUAGAGUCCGGUAGAUUUUCAGUCGGCUUGCCGCGGAUAGACAAUCCCGAUUGUUUGGGCGAUUCCUACCAUUUAGCCAAAAAACGUCUGCUACAACUAGAAAAGCGCUUCAGUAAAAACCCAGACAUUAAAGCUCAGUACGUGAACUUCAUAAGGGAAUACGCAGAGUUAGGUCAUCUCACUGAAGCACCCGUAGCCAAACCUGUGUCUUCAUAUUUUUUGUGUCAUCAUGCCGUAUUCAAAAACGAAAGUGAGUCUACUAAAAUUAGGGUUGUGUUCGACGGGUCAGCUCCUACAUCGUCUGGAUAUUCUAUCAAUGACAUCCUCAUGGUAGGACCAAAUCUGCAAGAUAGCCUGUUUUCCAUGUUAAUCAGAGCUCGCCAACAUAAGUACCUGUUGACAGGCGACGAGGAAAAGAUGUACCGUCAGUUUUUGGUAAACGAAGAAGACAGACCCCUACAGCUGAUCCUGUGGAGAGAAGAUGAAUCCACUCUCAUUAAAACGCUCAUGCUCAAUACCGUAACGUACGGAAUGGCAAGCUCUAGUUACCUUAGCACACGCUGUCUCUGGCAAUUAGGCGAAGAGUGUGAAGACGAUACUAUCAAAACGAUCAUACAACAUGAUUUUAUGGUUGACGACCUAAUCACCGGAAGUGACAGCGAAGACAUGAUAAUUUACAUUCAACAGGCCGUCAUGCGCGCUUUAAAGCGGGGAUGUCUUAAUUUAAGAAAGUUUAAAAGCAAUUUACCUAGCUUACUUUCUGCAUUCCCCCUAGUGGAAAGCAAUCUCUUAUUUAGCGAAUCUACAAGUACACUAGGAAUAGGAUGGGAACCAUCUACAGACGAAUUAUUUUUCCCCAUUCAAAGGGCAGUUCCUACACACAACGCUAAGUCGACCAAACGUUCCAUGCUUUCUUCAUUAUUCAAGAUCUUCGAUCCCUUGGGUCUAAUGAGUCCAUGUAUCGUACAAAGCAAAUUUCUGUUACAGAGAUUAUGGAGCGAGAAAAUUGAUUGGGACGAAGCUGUUCCAAAUGACGUACAAAACUCCUGGUGCAAAUUUACUCUAGCGCUACCAGUCCUUCUCGAAAUCAAGAUUCCUCGACGCACAAUAUGUGACAACCCCAUCUCAAUAGAGCUACAUUCAUUUAGUGAUGCUUCGCAGCAUGCUUAUGGGGCAUGCAUAUAUCUCAAGUCGACAAAUUGCUAUAAGGAAGCGACCGUCGCUCUCCUAUGUUCGAAGUCAAAGGUAGCCCCUAUCAAGCCGACAACCAUACCGAGACUAGAGCUUUGUGCAAGCUUGCUGGCAGCAAAUUUGUGCAAGGCUGUUUUAAAGUCCUUGCGUUGCGAAAUAAAUCGUAAGGUACAUUGGUGUGACUCUAGCGUAGUACUAGGAUGGCUCAAAACCAGCCCCCAAGCAUUAAAAACAUUUGUUGCAAAUAGGGUCGCCGAAAUAUGUGAUCUAACCGAUGCAUCUUCUUGGAGAUUAACAUCUAAAAUGCCCUUAGAUAAGGAAUCUGGCAGCGAAACAAAUCUAAAAGAUGCGCAAGAGUUACAAGACUUAAUCACUAAACGGAGUUCAGUAAAGGGACAAAUUACAAAGUUCAAAAACUCACUUGCUUUGCUCCUGGCAAAGGACUCUUUAACGUCGGUCGAAGUAACAGAAUUAACUCUUAGGCUUCGUAGAUUUGAGUCGUUAACCAGCAGAUUCGAUGAAUUGCAAAAUCAGAUAGAGGUACUGAAUUCAAGCAAUUUGCAAGGCGAAAUUGAUGAACGGGACUAUUUUGAACAAUCAUUCAUAAAUAACAUUGCUCUUGCUCAAAGAUUAAUUCAGAAAUUUGUUUCAAGUAAUCCUGAUGCAAACGAGCACCCCGCUGCGAAUGAGCCCUCGGCAUUGCAUU